AUGGGUAUGGUUUUUAGUUGUUGUAAAAAUGAAACUCCUGAAGCAUUACGAGAUGAUCCUCGUGCAGCAUUACGUGCUGGAGGCAGAAUUCAAGUGAAAAAAAAUGAUGUCGAAGAUCCUCAUGCACCUUUGUUAAUGAAAUCGCCUAAUACUCCGAAAUCAAAGGAAAAUGAAUUAAUAGAUAAAGAAUUAGAUGCAUAUGUACAAGCUUUAUCCGGUGAUUCAGACGAAAGUCCGAUGGAUCCAAAAGAUUGGGAUAAGGCUUUAGAAGACUAA